GAGGAAGUUGGAUGUGUGUGCGUGCGGGCGCGCAAAGCUUUUCCUGCCUCGCGGGUGGAAAAGAGAGGGCAGGCGGGGACUCUUUCCUGAACCGUCUCUGUGUGGGUUGGCUUUCCUGGAUUGCGUCUCUCUUCAGUUGCCCAUCUGAAUGCUGCAGAUAGAGACAAGGGGUUGCUUUAUGUCAUGCAACGGGGUCAAGGCUGGUGAGGUGCUCAGCGCCUUUGCGCGUCCCCAGCGGUGCGUUUUGAUGUCGCAGACCGCUGUAGCGGGUGCUUCGGUGAAUCAGUCCUCAGACGUGGGAGAGAGCUGGUGGCGGGCCACCAGCUACCUUCUUGCAAGCUCCACUUAAACACUCCUUAUGUUUUCGGGGGCCAGACAACAUCUGUACUCUGCAGAACCGCAGUCAUGUUUCUGUAGAUCCCUAAUGGGAUCACCUUGUUUUGUUCAAGGGUGGCCAGCAACUGGAUGAUUCUCCUGUGAAAAUACAGGAGCUGACAGGUUCCCUAAAAGUCAUUUUGAGAUAAGGUUGUGGGUGCCCUGAAAGGCAGAAUGGCAGCUGGUCCAGAGACCGAAGCAGCCCUCGGCCUCCACUUCCAGGCUGAAUUAGAGCAGGGUAUGCAGACCAGAGUCAAAAUGGAGGAACAAGGCCCAGCAGGACUUGAACAGAGGGUGGAAUCUGAGGGAGAGGAAAUAACCUCUUAUGAUCCUGGGGCCAAGGGCAACCAGGGUUUCCUGAAUUGGGAGGCGCCUGCGCAGUAUAAAGAAGAACCAGGUGAUGAACCAUGUUCAGGGUCUCAGGAGUUGUGGCGUAAAGCAAAGACUUUUCCAGCCUCCUUGGAUGGAGCGGUGAAUGCCAACCAGUGGCCCCGAGGCAUCCUGAACUGUCAUGGAGCGUUACCACAAGAAUAUGGGAAGUUGGAAGCCAGAAAUGGGGAAGACUGUUGGAAGGGGGGAGAAGAGUCCCUAAGAGGUGACUGCACCACCCCAGAUGUGCUGCGGAAGCUCUUUCGGGAAUUCCCCUACCAGGAAGUGCAGGGCCCCCGUGAGGCCUACGGCCGCCUCUGGCAUCUUUGCCAUCAAUGGCUGAAGCCGGAGAGGUCCUCCAAGGAGCAGAUGGUGCAACUGGUUAUCCUGGAGCAGUUCGUGGCCAUCCUGCCGCCAGAGAUGCAGGGCUGGGUCAAAGAUGGCUGCCCAGAGACCUGUGCCCGGGCAGUGGCUUUGGCCGAGGACUUCCUGAUGAGGCAGCGAGAGGUUGAGAGGCCAAGGCAUCAGGUGCUGAUGCUGGCCCAGGACAUGGCUUUGAAUUUCCCUCUGGCGACGGGGACAACAUCCGAGACCAGACAAACUUCACUGGGGAAGGAGGCUAAAAAGGAGGAGGAGGGGGAUGGGGAUGCCAGCCUGCCGGGUGACGGAUGGGUGAGUGAGGACAAAGAGGAGAAUCCUUCGCUGGAAAAUCCCGAUCGGUUGGCGCACCCAAGGCAAGGAGGUGGAGAACUGUGUGAGAGGAGAAGAGAAAGACAUCCGGAGGGGAGCAUGGCAAAUUCUGUACUUUAUGCCAGAGGGAAGGGGGCCCUUGAGAAAAACAUUCAGCAGAGAGUCCUCACAGACAAUAAACAGCACAAGUGUGCUAUCUGCGGGUGCGGAUUCAGUCGGCCCACAGGCCUUGCUGCGCAUCAGCGAAUCCACACGGGCGAGAAGCCCUAUAAGUGCUUGGAGUGUGGGAAAAGCUUCAGCUUGAAAUCGACCCUUGUGGCCCAUGCAAGAACCCACACAGGCGAGAAACCAUAUACCUGCACGCACUGUGGGAAAAGCUUCACUGUGAGCUCGGACCUCACUAGACACUACAGAACCCACACGGGAGAGAAACCGUAUAAGUGCUCAGAAUGUGGGAAAUGCUUCCGGCAGAGCUCCUCUUUCACCAGUCACCUGAGAGUCCACACGGGAGAGAGACCAUUUGAAUGUUCCUGCUGCGGGAAGAGCUUCACCAUGUGCUCGAACCUUACGAAACAUUAUAGAACCCACACGGGAGAGAAGCCAUAUAAAUGCCCUGACUGUGGGCGACGAUUCUGUCAACACUCCUCUUUCACCAACCACCUGAAAAGCCACCGAGGAGAGUUGCCUUUCAAAUGUUCAUUCUGUAGAAAAUCCUUCAGCGUGAGCACCUUCCUGAUUAGACAUGAGCGAAUCCAUACAGGGGAAAAACCAUAUACGUGCUCGGAUUGUGGGAGAAGCUUUGGGCACAAUUCCCAACUUAUUUCACACAGGAGGGUUCAUACAGGGGAGAAGCCAUACAAAUGCCUUGAGUGUGGGAAAACGUUCACUGCUAGCUCUCUCCUCAGAGGACAUCAGAGAAUCCACACAGCCACGAGGAAGAGACCAGAAGACUUGAUAAACCGCUGUUUACUGUGUUGUUGGAAUCCUAAACUGUGGUCAGUCUUAACUAUGAUUGCUUUGUUUUUAUAAGUCAUCUUUACAACCAGUUGCUUGAAGGUGCCUUGUUUCAACUAACCAUAGUUAAGACCAACUACAGUUCAUUGGGUUUGGACAACACAGGAAGCUAUGGUUAAUCAAAAGUGAAAGCAGAAGCUUCCAAACUUCUCCUUGCACCUGCCCCGGAGAAAAGAGGGAACAUAGAGUGUCAGGGUUCAGCCCUGCCCAGACUGGAACCUAGAGAUUCUUCAGAGGAAGAGCAGAACCCGUUAGCAGAUCGCCACACCACCAGUGAUCCUGAAGAGUCGUCGGAGCCAGACAUUCCCACCCCAGGACCAGAGGUCUCCACACCUGGCUGGUCUCUUGGGGCCCUGCUUGUCAACCUUUGAGUGGUAGAAGGAUGGAAGAUGGUGAGCCAGGAAGAAGCUCAAGGGCUGCUGGCGAAAAUCCCCAACUAGAUGCAUAUGAGGCUACUCAAGAGGAAGGUGAAGUGCAUGCAAUCACCUGCUAAGAACCAGCACAGAAUAGAGUGCAGUGGAGUUUCUAGCCCCUACAUAAACGUCAUCUGAGCUUUUUCACUGCUGAAGGGACAGUUCCCUUAGAGCUCCGAGUUCCAGUGUGAAACCAUCCUGAACUGGGGAAAUGGUCAGCAAGCCUGAGACUUAAUUGGGCCCAUUCUCACCAUGAUAAACCAUAGUUUAGCCCAGGGGUUCCCAAGUGUUGGACUUCAGCAUGGUGUUGGACUACCAACUCCCAUCAUUGGCCAUGCAGGCUUGGGGCUGAUGGGAGUUGUAGUCCAGUUGCAGACCAGGGUGCCAUAUUGGCUAACCCUACUUUCUCAUGACAUCCAAAAGCAGCCAGAGGCUGCUCACACACUGUACAUUUAAAGCACAUUACUUCCACCCAAAGAAUCCUGGGAGCUGUAGUUUACCACUCAGAGCUAUAACCCCCAGCACCCUUAAACUACAUUUCCCAGCAUUCUUUGGGGGAAGGCAUGUGCUUUGACUGUAUGGUGUGUAUGCAGCCAGAUGCCUCUGGCUAUCAUGGUCAAUUCAUCACUUCAGCUUUUUCUUUCCAUAAUGGGGGGGGGGCAUUUCCAGCAUCUGUGAAAAACAUUGCUGGGCAGCUAAAACAGCUUUUGCAACUUCAAGUGUAACAAAACUUUAUCAUGGUCAGGCCAGUUUUAGAGACGUUUGAAACAACCCAGAGACAAUGCAGUGCUAGAUUAUUGGGUUUCUAAGAUGCUUCUGAUGAUCAUCGUCCUAAAUUUUAAAAACUUGUUAAAAAAUGUUUUAGUGCAUGAGAGGUUGUCUCUACUGCUCAGUUCAGUGCUCUGAUUCAAGGAGGGAGUGUGCUUUGUUCUGGUAACCUGCACGUGUCCUUGUCCUCAUUGAAUGGCUGGCCUUUGAUGCCACGAGAUGUGAUGGCCACCAGCUUGGAUUGCUUUAAGAGGGCUUGGUGAAAGUCAUGGAGGAUAAGAACUACCAAUGGAGUCGACGUGGAAACUCCACAUUUAGAUGCCACCUACUGUUACAGCACCCUCUGAUGGGUUGCCUGGUGGGGGGAAGAGGUAAUGAGGGCAUUGUGUUGUCAGUUGGAUCCUCUUAUUUGCUGUUACUGGGUCUACAGCAGUGGUUCCCAAACCCUCCCCCCCCCCAGACCACUUGAAAAUUACUGAGAGUCUUGGUGAUUUUUCUGCCCCUUGAAGCAAUUGUAAUGCGCUGUGCUAGAUGCUGUAUGGUUUUCAAUUGCACUUUUGUUGCUUUUAUU